GAGCAGCACUUCAGCAGCUCUAGAAGCCAAGAAAGUGUUGAGUAAGACGGGUCUGCUAUCGUCGGCUGGCAAAUUCUGACAAGAGGGACGCGAACAUCCAUCAUCAGCACACAAUGACUCGCCACACUUGUACCGUGGUGCUCGUGUUGGUGGUGUUGCUGGUGUCGGCUUGCGACGCCCAUCGGUUUCGACCACGUGGUCCGAGAUGGGGCACUCCGCAUAGGGUGCCGAUGACGAGCAGCAGGAUGCUGAAACAGGCUGGCCACGUCCACAUAGGACCGGCGGGGGCAGCUCGAUGCGUGGCACAGAGUGGCAGUCACCACACUCCAGCCCUGAUGACCUCCAAGGCGGCCAAUCUCGUCAGGUUCCAAUUUGGAGGCGACCAGUCGACGGAGCAGAACCUGCUAGCCCGUGGUCGCUACGUUCCCAGGUCCGCCAUUCCGUUUGACGUAACAGCGGACGCCCUGAGCCGCGGCCGGCUGUUCGUGUCCACGCCCUCCGCCAGGCUCGGCAUACCCGCUUCGCUGAGCACAGUGCCCUCUGGCGGCGCCACCGACGCCCCCCUGACACCCUACCCCAGCCUGGAGCUGCACCGCACCACGGAGGACUCCAUCACCGACUGCAGCACACAGCUGGUGUCCAUCACGGCUACCGCGAAAACGUGGUCCGACGAUGACACGCUGUAUGCCCUCGACUGUGGCGUCGUAGAAAUAACGACGAAUCCUAAAAAUGUGUGUCCACCGAAAAUUAUUACCUUCGACUUGCGCACUGACGAGAUUGUGAAUAUCACAAUAAUAGAGAACGCAUUUUUCGAAUCGCAGUAUGCUAUAAUUUGGGUGGAGGCAUGUCCAGCUGGCCGUCUGUUGGCCUACAGUUCCGACUCGCUGGACUCCACAUUGACAGUGACUGACCUCACCACGGGAGUCUCCAGACACCUCACCAGUCCGUACAUACACCCAGUGCCGCAGCUGUUACACGUUGCGGCGGGCGGGCCCCCGUACUACAUGGGAGAUGGCUCGUACGGUUUGUCGGGUGACAAACGUUGUGAUGGCAAACUCUAUCUACAGGCCUUCUGCAGUAACAUCCAAGCUGCCUUGGACAAAAAGAUCAUACGGGACGCAAGCGACGGUGACAUUCUAGAUGCCGUGACACAGGUGGCGCUCCCAGGAAAGCUGUCUGGUAUCAGUGGUCCACUGGCGGUGGAUGCCAAGGGCGAGCUGCUGUUCUUUCCCAUCCAAGACGAGCUAGCCAUCUACUGCUGGAACACCAGCAAGCCGCAUCGUCCACAGAACUUCCGUCUAAUCGCCCAAGAUAGCAAACGCUUGCAGUUUGUCGGCAACAUGAAAAUAGAUCCCACCAGUCAGCUGCUGUAUAUCCUGACCAACAAAUUCACUUCGUACGUGUGGAACGUCACCGACUAUUCUGAGGACAACUACUAUGUUUUGUACAUCAACAUAACUGGAGUUCAGUGCUAAAUAUGGUUACUGCAAAACGGAUAACAGAAAACAAUGGAAAU